UUGUCCACAGAUCCCUUAAAAAAGAAUCAGAGUGCCGAAAUAAUCGAUUGAUACAACUUGCUAGGUAUAUACGCCCUCACUGUCGGGUAUGCUGCACAUACAUUUGCGGAUGCACUGGUAGAGUGGAUAUUUAUGUAGAAAAUCGAUGGCAGAAGCCUCAUCAGUCAAAAAUGGGUCGGUUUUAAAGGAUAUUCGAAUGGAUGGCAAAACUGUUUUAAUAACUGGAGCCAACACUGGAAUCGGAUAUGAGACUGCUAAAGAUCUUUCAUCUCGUGGUGCAAAGGUUAUCAUGGCGGGAAGAGACGCAGGAAAAGUAGAAAAGGCAAUGAAAGAGAUAAAAUCUUGUGAUCUUAAAGCCAACCUUGUUGGUGUAGAACUGGAUCUAGCAUCCAUGGAGUCGAUUCGAAAAUGUGCAGAUAAAAUAAUGGAGACUGAGGCAAAGCUAGAUGUACUAAUAAAUAAUGCGGGCAUAAUGAGCUGUCCUCAAUGGAAAACUAAAGAUGGUUUUGAGAUGCAGCUAGGAGUAAAUCACAUUGGCCAUUUCUUAUUCACCAAUCUGUUGUUGGAUCUUGUAAAGAAAAGUUCUCCAAGUCGAAUUGUCAUCUUGUCAUCCAGUGGACAUACUAGAGGUCGUAUGAAUUGGGACGAUAUCAUGUCUGAAAAGAAAUAUAAUCCUUUUGUAGUAUAUUGUCAAAGCAAACUUGCAAAUAUUCUUUUUGCAAGAGAAUUGAGUCGUAAACUUGAAGGUACUGGCGUUACUUGCAACAGCGUACAUCCUGGUUUAGUGAAAACUGAGCUUGGUCGCCAUUUCAUGAACAAAGAAGGAACUUGGAAUACGAUAAAAUACUAUCUUGUUUUUCCAUUUGUAAAGAUGAUUUUCAAAACUCCUGAACAAGGUGCCCAAACCAGUAUUUACUGCGCUGUUGCUCCAGAGCUCAAUCAAGUGUCAGGAAAAUACUUUGCAGAUUGCAAAAUUGAGGAGGAGGCACCGGCAGCCAAAAACGAUGAAGAUGCAAAACGACUAUGGGAGUUGUCACUAGAGUGGACAGGCCUAAAAAGUAAAUAAGUUCGUCACAUAAUGCACUUGACUAAGUGAUUCUGUAAUCUUAUUGUUAUGCAAUGAUAGUAGUUAGGGCUGGGCAAAAUAUUCGAAUAACGAAUAUCGAAUCGAAUAUCAAAAUAUUCGAAUGGCAUUUUACUAUUCGAAUACCCGGUACCACGUGACCUGCGCCGCUUUGCUCCAACACGGAAUUCGCGCGUCGCCAAAUCAAUCGUGAAUUGCGCGAGAAUUCACAAACGGCGCUCGCUAACAUACAAAAGCGACAAAUUUUCUUUGCGUUAUGAUGUUAUUUGUUUUUCUUUUCACGCCUAACGUAUCGUUUCAUUUCCUUAUUUUGCAAAAUAGGUCCCCACCGUUGCUUUAAUAUAAGAACGUUCUGUAAAUUAUAAAGGUAUGACGAUGUAUUUGAAAAAUCGGAAAUUCUCAUUGCCGUCUGUAACAGUCACCGCGAUUACGCGCUCGUUAAAGAGACGAUUUUUCAGCGUAUAAUGAUUUUUCUGUUGCGUAAAAUGAUCAAUCCAUGACAACUACGGGA